AAUUCCAGCCCCUUCCGGUUAUGGGCGGGGAGUGACAGGCGACGCCAUUGUGGGCGCUGAGACGUGAAGCUAGCAAUUGGGUGACAGGCCGCUAAAGCCGGAAAGCCAGAGUGAGAACCCUUCGCCCCAGGGUUCAGCUGACCAUGGCCGUCGAUACGAUCAAGUUUAUGCACUUGUCACUCACUCAACUGAACGAGCUGCUGGAAGAUGAGGAGAAGCUGGGGCAGAUGGUGCAGGAGAUGGAUGAGUUACUGGCUGUUAAUUUUUAACUCUGCCUUGACAGACUCAGAAUGUUCAGUUGAGCAAAGAAAUGACACUUGCUGGAAACCGAAGCCUUGCAGAGGAGAACCUGCUAUUGCAACCAGAUCUGGAAAACUUAAAAGCGACUCUCACACAAAAAUACCAGGAGCUACACAGUCUCCUCGAAUCCCACCAAUUGAAGAAAACAAAACUCGAUAAGCAGUCUGUCAACUCAUCCCUGGAAACCCUUUUAGCACUUCUUCAGGCUGAAGGUGCCAAAAUAGAGGAAGAGACAGAGAAUAUGGCAGAAAAUUUCCUUGAUGGAGGCAUCCAGUUGGAUAGCUUCAUUGACGAGUAUUUGAGCAAGCGCAAAUUAGCACAUCUGCGGCGUGUAAAAAUUGAAAAACUUCAGGAGAUGGUAAUGAAGGGGCAAAGACUUCCCCAAGUGUCUGUGCUCCCACAAGCAAGGCCAUCAGAAUCAAACCAAGCACCUCCAGCCCCCUAUCCAGCAAACUUUGCCUCUCCUCCACCUGUUACACCCAGAAGACCAGUGCCACCACCACCUCAAGCACCGAGCCAACCUGGACUAUAUCCAAUGCCAUAUGCAAUGGCUGCUCAGCCAGCACCCGGCCUCCCUUAUACAGCAUCUCCUUGCCCACCUAUUCCUUCUCGUCAUGUGUAUCAACCAUCAAAUCAAAUGCCUCAGCCUGGAUACCCACCUCCUUUCACACAACAGUAUCCUCCUGCUCUCCCUCAAAGACCUCCUCGCUUUCCUCCUAUGCCUGGCUUCAUUACACAGUGAAAUCUAACGUGUGCCUCGCUGGAAGAUUGGUGCUCUCCGUUUCACCCCUCCUCUUUUACUCUCUUCUCUGGAUGUGUAUAAGAGUUGCUCAUAAUGUAAUGUGCAGCUGGUACCACAAAACACUUUCUCCUACUUUUUUUUGUCUUUAAAACCUAUUGGCGGAUAAAGGAAUCCUUUUUGUAGGGGGUAUUUGGGAGAAUCUUAGUCAAGUUAGGCAGCAAGGCAAAUAGCUGCAAUUACAAGGUUAUUUCCUUCAUGUGCACUUUUGCACCACCGUUUUGUUGGUUAUCUGUGCUGAAAUGCUGCAGUGAAAAUGACAAAAAUUUUUAUGCUGCAGCCAUUGAUAAAAUUAGUCACUCGCCAGUGCAUGAGAUUUGAGAACAAAAGUGCAUUGCCAUCCAUCUCAGGUGUCAGACAUUGUUUAGCUAAUGGACUUCUACAGUGAGGUCCAAGAAAUGUACUGAACAGUGAAACGUUCGUACUGUUUACUGUUCUUUUUACACAAUGUUGUCUAAAACGAUGAUCCAAAAAUAUCUGGCAGUAAUGUUCCUUUCUAAAGAAAUGAUGUAGGACAUUAACAGGAUUAUUCAGGGAUAGGUAUGUAUCAGAAAUAAGGAAUUUGCAAAUGAAGUGCAGAUCAAGCGGAUGCAAUUUUUGUGUGUGAAAGCGAUGCAUUUUAUACUUAUGCACAUGGCUUCACUGUGCCUUAGACGGACUUAUUCCUGAACAAACAAAUGCAUAUCCUAUGAAAGUGGCCAUUAAUUUGCUGUUUACUGCAAGUAAGGGCUCCUGUUUAAACCACAGACCGUUUAAUUUACUGAACCUGCACCGUAUUUCUUUAAAAGGGGUUUGAAAAAUACUAUGGAAGACUUUUUGGAAAUCCUAUUUAGAAAAAAAAUAUAAAACAACCAUUUCGGUACAGACAGCUGUUAAAUAACUACAAAAAAGGUGAUUGUGUUUUAUAUUGUAUAGCUGGUUUAUGCCAUGCACUGAGAUUAAGUGCCACAUUCAGUGGUGAGUUAAAGCCAUAUUUCUGAAUUCUGUAAGCCUGAAAUCCAGAUGACUAGUUGCUUGUUGGCAUGAGAAAGGAAGUUUCUUAGAAAAUAUCAAGGGGUGUAUUUUUGCACUACUCGGGCACUUUAGUGCAUCAUUUCAAUCGGAAACCAUUCAUGUUUGUUAAACAACAUUUUAUAUUUUAAACGCAUACAGGGCAUUUUUUUGACUCUUUCCAUAUCCUGCCAGGCCAGGCACCAUGGCCUUGUGCAUAAACUCUGUUGGUUGCUUUUAAAGUAUAUACAUAUUCACUGAAAGUUCAUUUUGUUGUAGAGUCCCUUCCCAUAAUGUUCAUUUUUAGUAUUGUCGGAUAUCCUUAACAUUGUUGGUGGUGUAUGUGCAAUGACACGUGCCACCCAUUUUAUAUUCGUUACAUUUUAAUUUCUAAUUGCACCGAAAUCUAAAGGAUUAAAGAGAGCACAGUUAGUUUAGUGCUUCAAUGAUGUACUGGUAGAAAGUCUAUAUUUUUAAAGAAGCCUAUUUUCCCACUUAGUGACCUUAAAACCCCCAGUUUACUUGCCCUUUAUACAUUUACUGAACACCAAAAAAAAAGUGUGGUGCCCUAACAAAGAGAAUCCCAGAGCAUGUUCUAUCAUGCAUUGCUCCAUGCAGACACUACACUGUCGAUAGCACGUGUUUAUAGUGUACAAUUACUGUAAAGAUGCAAUUUGUCUUGUAUAGCAAAAUAAAAUGCAGUUGUCCAUUUACCUAGUUUUUCUUCAAUAAAUCUCAAAGAUGUUGCAUUA